UCCACAGUCAUUCUUCACAAUUGAUUGUAGCUGGUUGCUUGUGUAAAUAAAUCGUAAAUUAUACGUAUAAAUAAAGUUUUUACGUGUACUUGUUAUUAAAUUGUGCAAACGAGUUAUUAGAUUAUUUCAAGACAACUUAUUUGCGUAUAACUAUAAUAGAAGUUGUUAUGUUAAAAAAUGUUUUGGUUAAUUGGAGGGAUUGUGAUAUUAUUUGUGAUAUGGAAAUUAUUCUUUGAAGAGGAAAAUCCGUUAGACCAUCUUCCCGGUCCGAAGAAAUGGCCGAUCGUUGGAUGUGCCUUCUCAUUAUUAGGGACACCAUAUGAUGACCUCUUCUCUACGAUGCUAGAAUUUCCCAAGAAGUACGGCUAUAGAUAUGUCCUAAAGAUAUUCAGUCGUCGCAUUCUGCACGUUUACAAUGUCGAUGAUUUUGAGAUAAUUUUGACACACUCAAGAAACAUAACAAAGAACAGGCCGUAUGACUUUUUGGAGCCAUGGCUCGGAGCUGGUCUUCUAAUCAGCACAGGUAGUAAAUGGCAUCGACGUCGUAAAACUUUGACACCAACCUUUCAUUUUAACAUAUUAAGGAAUUUUAGCAAAGUUUUUGAAGAAAAAAGUCGAGAUUUGGUUCACAAAUUGAAGAAUAUGCCGGAAGGGAAUGUCGAUGUUCUUUCUGUUAUUGGAGAUUUUACACUUUACACAAUUUGCGAAACAGCGAUGGGGACACAACUCGAUUGUGAUAGUUCAACAUCAGCCGUGGAAUACAAAGAUACUAUUAAAAAUAUGGGAACUCAAGUUAUAAGUAGAUUGACAAAGUUCUGGCUGCAUCCCGAUCUUCUAUUCUAUCAAACUUCUUUGGGCAAACAAUUCGCUCGUAACUUGGUUACGGCCCAUUCGUUUGCGGAUAACGUAAUAGCUGAAAGAAAGAAGAGAAUAGAUCAAGAAGGUUCUUUAGUUAAGAAUUUAGAAGAUACAACUAAAGAUAAUUCUAAAAGAAGACUGGCAUUGUUAGAUUUACUUAUAGAAGCGGAGAGUAAUGGAGAAAUUGAUGUUGAAGGGAUAAGAGAAGAAGUUAAUACUUUCAUGUUUGAGGGUCAUGAUACGACCGCUAUGGCUCUUUCUUUCGGACUAAUGCUGUUAGCUGACCACGAAGAUGUUCAGGAAAGGAUUUUCGAAGAAUGCAAAGCGAUAUUCGGGAAUUCAGAUCGCACUCCGAGCUGGUCAGAUCUGGCUGAGAUGAAAUAUUUGGAGGCGACAAUCAAAGAAAUCUUACGAUUGUAUCCCAGCGUACCUUUUAUAGGACGAGAGAUUACUGAAGAUUUCAUGCUUGGCGAUAUUCUGGUGAAGAAAGGUGUGGAGGUGCUGGUCCACAUCUACGACAUGCAGCGCCGCGCAGACUUAUACCCUGACCCUGAGGCGUUCCAGCCUGAACGGUUCCUGAACGGGGAGGUGCGACAUCCAUACGCCUUUGUACCCUUCAGCGCUGGACCCAGGAAUUGCAUAGGUCAGAAGUUCGCAAUGCAAGAGAUGAAGUGCGCGCUGAGUGAGAUCUGCCGCAACUUCACGCUGGUGGCGGCGGAGCGCGGAGCUAGACCCAAACUGAAGGCUGACAUCGUGCUUAGACCUGUACAUCCUAUAUAUGUUAAGUUUAUACCUAGAUCAAGAGAUUAAAAUACAUUUUGUUGAAAUA